AUGGGACUGACGCGGCGGAGGCCCUGGGAGAGACGCGGCGGAGGCCCUGGGAGAGACGCGGCGGAGGCCCCGGGAGAGAAGCGGCGGAGGCCCCGGGAGAGACGCGGCGGAGGCCCCGGGAGAGACGCGGCGGAGGCCCCGGGAGAGACGCGGCGGAGGCCCCGGGAGAGACGCGGCGGAGGCCCCGGGAGAGACGCGGCGGAGGCCCCGGGAGAGACUCGGCGGAGGCCCCGGGAGACUCACGGUGGAGGCAAACCCCCUCCCCAGAGAUUGAAAGGCGCAGGUGUUCUCUGUUAG